UAGACAUUAAAGCCAGAUUACCACAAAUCUAAGCCGGAAGUGAAAUAGUGACCCCUUUCAUGUAAAAGGUAUUCCCGGAAGAUAUGUUUCGUCGAUGAUGAAGUACUAAAUAGGUGGAUCGGCCCCUCUCUCAGUAGGAAUGCCGGGCGGAGUGGACUAUGGGCAGUUUGGGGGGAGCCUUCCUGCCAUCGCCUCUCUGAAUGCGUCCUACUCCACCACUGUAUCCCUCCCCUCCCCCCACUACCUGAUGGUGCCCCCUGGGGAGAAGAAGGUCAUCUCGGACGUCCGUCGCACAUUUUGCCUCUUUGUCACCUUUGACCUCCUCUUCAUCUCACUGCUGUGGAUCAUCGAGCUCAAUAUCCAGAACUCCAUUUGGCAGAGCCUUGAGCUGGAGGUUGUCAAGUACAGCUUCCAGUCCUCCUUCUUUGACAUCUUUCUCCUUGCCUUGUUUCGUUUCCUGUGUCUCCAGUUGGGCUAUGCUGCUCUGCGUCUGAGGCACUGGUGGGUCAUUGCGAUCACCACUCUAGUGACCAGCUCCUUCCUUGUAGUCAAAGUCAUUCUCUCCAAUCUGCUAUCCCAGAAUGCCUUUGGCUACGUGUUGCCCAUCACAUCCUUUGUGGUGGCGUGGCUGGAGACGUGGUUCCUGGACUUCAAGGUGCUCUCCAUAGAGGCUGGUGAUGAGAGAGCCUACCUAGCAGCAGUGAACGCAGCGUCGGAGCGAGCUCCCAUGAUCUACCCUCGCGCUGUGUCUGAAGGACAGUUCUACUCUCCACCUGAAUCCCUCGCAGGGUCUGAGGAGGACCUGGAUGAGGAGGGGCUGGGUCGCAGGGCAGUCUCCCCCCAGGAGAAGGCGCUGGUGAGGCAGGGUAAAGAGGCCAUGGCCUUGGUGGAACAGAUCCUGGCCCAGGAGGAGAACUGGAAGUUUGAGAAGAACAAUGACGCGGGGGAUUCUGUGUACACACUGGAGAUCCCCUUCCAUGGAAAGACCUUCAUUCUCAAGGCCUUCAUGCAGUGUCCUGCAGAGCUGGUGUACCAGGAGGUGAUCUUACAGCCAGAGAAGAUGGCCCAGUGGAACAAAACCAUUUCUGGUUGCCAGAUCCUCCAGAGGGUGGAUGACAACACCCUGGUGUCGUACGAUAUCUCUUCCGGGGCAGCAGGGGGGGUAGUGUCUGCCAGGGACUUUGUGAAUGUGAGGCGGGUGGAACGCAAACGAGACUGCUACGUCUCCGCUGGCAUGGCAACCGACCACGACGCCAAGCCUCCGCACAGUCGCUAUGUCAGAGGUGAGAAUGGUCCAGGAGGGUUUGUGGUCCUGAAGUCCAGCAGUAACCCCUCGGUCUGUACCUUUAUCUGGGUGCUCAACACAGACCUCAAGGGUCGACUGCCCCGCUACCUUAUCCACCAGAGUCUGGCUGCCACCAUGUUUGAGUUUAUGGCCCAUCUACGCCAGCGCAUCCGUGACCUACGGUCCACUCGCUAGAUGCCCUCUCACUUACUUCCUGUCGGGAAGCUAGAUGCUUGCAACCCACAGCGCCACCGCAGGUUUGGUGGUGUCACUGCAGAUUUAUGGGAACACCUACAGUUGGAAGUGCACUUGAGAUUAUGGUGGAUAUCAAACUUACUUAGACUAGAGGAAGGUCAACAGCAUAGAGAAUGGGAGACUGGUGUGUCUGUACUUUCACCUGUCUUUUAGACGUGAGGAGGUCUGGGACUGUCAAGAGAUGUUCCUCCUCUCCCAUGGACUCCAUGUUGUUUUUAAACAUAGUUACACACGUUUUUAUGUAACUUUUCUGCUGUUUCUCUCACUGAUGCCAGUGCUGGCUGCAUCUCCCUCCAGCCAAGAAGUCUAACAGUAUUGAACGUGUAAUGGAGGGCAGACUAGGACUACGCUUGAUGAGACUUGAUGAAGACCACUAACUCUGAGCCUUAUUCUACCGCACAUUUAUGUUAGCCAUUGACUGGCUGUUAUGCUUUUUUCUUGUUGUUUUUCCACUGUCUUCACUGUCAUUCUUUGGUAACCUGGGAAACCGCUACACAUGACCACAUCAUAAACAAAAAUGUAACUGUUGGAACACAAUGAACCCACAGGGUGUCCCUUUUGUCCUCGUUGACCCUCACUGCACUGUGAUCCAUUGAAGCUCACUGUAGGAGUGCUGUAGUCCUCCGGCCACUAGAGGGCGACACCACCACAGAUCUACUAACAAUAGGAGACAACCUACUUAAUGGAGCUCAAGAUGCGUGGUUGUGAUGACUUAUCAGUCGCUCAUGGGUUCAUAAAGAGUUUCAGAUACUCUUCUGUGCCAAGCCUUUAGUGGCCUUUUUAGGUAGAGGGAAUCCAACUGCCCUUAAUGAUGGUUGAUCUAAAUUGUAACUGUAUCGCAGCCUUCUGAGAUAAGCCUUGACUGCAGACAUACUGUAGAUGGAGAAGUGGCAGUAAAUGAAUUAUGUGAUUCUUUAUGUUAAACAUGUAUCAUUGUGGUGGAUGCAAUAUUGAAAUUGGCUAUAAUCAGAGUUCUGAUUCUCUGUAUCUAAUAAACAUAUGACAGUUCCUCAAUGGCAAAGCAUGCUGCUUUGCAUAUCACAACCUUCAGCUAUCAGCCUGCUGUGUGCAUGGCGAUGCAGUACUGAAUGUCUGGUGUGUCAGGUCAUUGAACAUUAUGCUUGUGAGAACUCAUGUUCCCCUCUAAUGCCUUGCAGUCCUGUAAAAAUACAAGUCGGACUUGUUCUGUUUUGGGCUCCACUCUAUUUUAGGGCCCUAGUUAUUAACAGGCUUAGCUACAUCGUUAUUGUAUCAGAACAGAAACAAAACAUGUUGAACAAAGAAACAAAAUGUUUUUAAAAAAAAUGUAUGGGCUGUCUGAAAGUGAAAAUAUGGUCUUUGAUUUCCAUGAUGAAGAAAAAAAGUCUGAAGAUAAUGUGAACAGGUUGCCAUCUGUGUGAGUGGGAGUUUCACACAUAAACCAGUUCUGUAAAUCUCUUAACUAAUAAUUGGGCUGAGAAAGCUGUUGGUUGGUUUGGUGCCUUUGUCACAGUGACAGAAAUGGGCAUAUAGUGUCACUGUGACCACACUUUAACUGUUAGGACUUAUCUAUUACUAGAAUAUCACUUGUUUGCUAAAGGUAUGUGUUGCAAAGGUUGCUUUAUUUUCAGUUUGGUAUGUUUUAAUUUCUAUGAUUGUUCUAAUGUUUUGAAAUCAUACAAACUGCUGAUCGUUUACAAAAAAAUGUGUCAAUUUACGAUCGUCUUCAAAUAUUUUACCAGGAUACUGAAUUGUAUUUUUUUUAACAGAAGAUUAGCCCGCCUUGAAUCUCUAAUAAAAUGUUGAAAAUAGUUA